AUGGAUCCCAUGGAACUGAGAAAUGUCAACAUCGAACCUGAUGAUGAGAGCAUCAGUGGAGAAAGUGUUCAAGAUGGCUACACUGGGAUGGGAAAUUCAGAAAAGGCAGCAAUGAGCAGUCAAUUUACUAACGAAGAUGCUGAAAGUCAGAAAUUCCUGACAAAUGGAUUUUUGGGGGAAAAGAAGCUGGCAGAUUACGAUGAUGAACAUCAUCCUGGAACCACCUCCUUUGGAAUGUCUUCAUUCAACCUGAGUAAUGCUAUCAUGGGAAGUGGGAUCUUGGGCCUUUCCUAUGCCAUGGCCAACACGGGGAUCAUACUUUUUAUAAUCAUGCUGCUUGCGGUAGCAAUAUUAUCCCUGUACUCAGUUCACCUUUUAUUAAAGACCGCCAAGGAAGGAGGGUCUUUAAUAUAUGAAAAACUAGGGGAAAAGGCAUUUGGAUGGCCUGGGAAAAUCGGAGCUUUUGUUUCCAUUACAAUGCAGAACAUUGGAGCAAUGUCAAGCUACCUCUUUAUCAUUAAAUAUGAGCUACCUGAAGUAAUCAGAGCAUUCAUGGGACUUGAAGAAAAUACUGGAGAAUGGUACCUCAAUGGCAACUACCUCGUCAUAUUUGUGUCUGUUGGAAUCAUUCUUCCACUUUCUCUUCUUAAAAAUUUAGGUUACCUUGGUUACACCAGUGGAUUUUCUCUUACCUGCAUGGUGUUUUUUGUCAGUGUGGUGAUUUACAAGAAAUUCCAAAUACCCUGCCCUCUGCCUGUUCUGGAUCACAAUGUUGGAAAUCUGACAUUCAACAAUACACUUCCAGUGCACAUGGUAAUAUUACCUAACAACUCUGAGAUUAAUGGCGUGAACUUCAUGAUGGAUUACACCCACCAAAAUCCUGCAGGGCUAGAUGAGAACCAGGCCAAGGGCUCUCUUCAUGGCAGUGGAGUAGAGUAUGAAGCACACAGUGAUGACAAGUGUCAACCCAAAUACUUUGUGUUCAACUCCCGGACGGCCUACGCAAUUCCCAUCCUAGCAUUUGCUUUUGUGUGCCACCCUGAGGUCCUUCCCAUAUACAGUGAACUUAAAGAUCGGUCCCGGAGGAAGAUGCAAACAGUGUCAAAUAUUUCCAUCACGGGAAUGCUCAUCAUGUACCUGCUUGCUGCCCUCUUUGGUUACCUAACCUUCUAUGGAGAAGUUGAAGACGAAUUACUUCAUGCUUAUAGCAAAGUAUAUACAUUUGACACCCCUCUCCUCAUGGUACGCCUGGCAGUCCUUGUGGCAGUGACACUAACUGUGCCCAUUGUCCUGUUCCCAAUUCGUACAUCAGUGACCACACUCUUAUUUCCCAAAAGACCCUUCAGUUGGAUAAGACAUUUCUUGAUUGCAGCCAUACUUCUUGCACUUAAUAAUGUUCUGGUCAUCCUUGUACCCACUAUAAAAUAUAUCUUUGGAUUCAUAGGGGCUUCUUCUGCCACUAUGCUGAUCUUCAUACUUCCAGCAGUGUUUUACCUUAAACUUGUCAAGAAAGAACCUCUUAGGUCACCACAAAAGGUUGGGGCUUUAAUUUUCCUUGUGGUUGGAAUCAUCUUCAUGAUUGGAAGCAUGGCACUCAUUAUAAUUGACUGGAUUUACAACCCUCCAAAUUCCAAGCAUCACUAA